AUGAAAUACCUAACAAUAAUAACCAUAUUUAUAUCUUUCUUCAAGGCAUUUGCUAAUAAUUACCUCAGUAAAAAUAUUACUCUUAUUAAAAAAAACCAUACUUUUAGUGAUUAAGCAAGUGCAUGCCCUUAAAAAAUAAAAAAAUUAGAGUUUCCUGCUUCUACUUAAAACAUCUUCUAAAUGAAAAAUAUAUACCUUCAAGAUGAAUAGUUUGCAACAAUAGUAGUCUAUAGUUAAACAUAACCAGUUUAGAUCAUUUUAUGGGAUCUUUAAAAAGUAAAUUAUUAAGUUGUAACAUUAUAAAUCAAUGGGUCACCUUUAUUGAAAGCAUCAGAUAUAAUUGUUUAUGACACUGAUUUAAGACUACUGAUUUUGAUAAUAUAAGCAGAUACGUUUGUGGUCUUUUAAAGACCUUUAAACACAUUUUAAUUCAACUUAGUCUAAGUAGUUAAUAUACCUAAUUAUUCAUCAUCGAUGACUCCUUUAAUUACUGAUAUGUUUAUAAUAAAGGGAUUGAAUCAGCUUGUUAUAUUAGACUUCAAUAACUUUAAUCUUUUAUUUUAUGAUCUUAUUAGUUUUACAGGAGUUCCAGUUAAAGUUAUAACAAUUGGUAUUCCAAAUGAGGUUACUCCUGUAUAAUCUGCAUUUUAUGCAAGAAAUAUUCCUAAUACAAAUUAUAUUGCUUUGGUUGACUUUAGUUAUGCAUUAAUUAGAGUCAUUAAUUACAAAACUAAAGAAAUAGUUUUUACAUCGAAUGAUAAUAUAUCAAACAGACCUUUGAAUUAUUCAAUCCUAGGCGUUUAUGCGAAAGAUUCCCUCGUUAUUUUUUACAAUGAUCACUAUAAUUCUUUGAACCUCAAAUAAAGAUAAUCCAACUUCCAGGUCUUCUCAGUGGAUUAAAAUCUUUAAUUAAUUAGUUAAUUUUAUAUAGACAAUCCUCAACCUCUUCAAAAUUAACUAAAAUCGAUGUAUAUUUUAUAAAACACUCCUCAUGUUGUAACAACCCAUAAUUUAGGUGAUGUAUAUAUUUUCAGCCUUUAUUCUGGUGAGUAGAUAAGACACUAUAAAUUCGAUAACUAUACAACUUAUGAUGCUUAGUACCUUUAAGAUUAUUUAAUGUUUUCUUCUUUUGAUAGAGAUAAAAAUUUAAUCAUCAGCUAUUUUUUAGAAUGGGACCAAGUUCUUUAUCCUCAAGACAGAGAUACCUCCACAUAGGGAGUAUGCGUAAGUUAAUGUGGAGAUAAACAAGGCUACAAUUAAGAUUUACUUGCUUGUAGUACAUGUGACCCAACUCUAAAUUGUAAAACUUGUAGAUUUCCUUCUGGUUAUUGCGACUAGUGCUAUGAAGAGUUUUAUCUUUCUUAGGGGUAGUGCUUGCCCUAUUGCAAAGGAGAAACAGGAUCUGCGACAUUAGAUAGCGAUGGUAAAUGCUAGUGUACUCAAGGGUAUUAUAUGAUUCAUAACGAUAUAUGCAUCCCAAAUCCUUGCAAGUAAUGGGAAUAGCCAUAAUAUAAUUAUGAGUAUUAAUAAACUAGCUGUAUAGAUAUUUGCGAAGAAGACUUAUACUAUGAUAUUGAAAAUAAAGAAUGUAGCUGUAUAUCAGGAUAUAUUAAAAUAGGUAGCUCUUGUAAAUUAGAUGUAACAGGCAUCUGUUUAAUCAUAGUUUUUAUAAUUAUCCUCACUAUAGCAAUAUACAAAUACAGAUUAUCUUUAAUAUUUUAAAAAUCAAAGGUUUUCUUUGAAGUUGAUAAUAUCUAACAAGGUAUCAAACUUAAGAAGUUUUUUGAGAGUAAUAGUUAAAAAGUUUAAUCAAAAAAGAAUAAAUAAAAGCAAAAACUAGAAGUUUGA